UAGUAGGGGCAUCUAAACCUUGACAACCUUAACGAAUUUGCUCUCUUUGCAUUUAUUAUCUGUUGAAUUUGGUUAAUUAUUGAAAAUAAGGAAUAAUGAAAGGGACGAGCUUUUACGUAUUGUUUUGUUUCUUUGGUGCGAUUAUAUGCGAUGACCCACCUAGAUGCACGUCUGAUGCAUACGACAACUAUCCGGGAUUUGCGCCAGGCUGCACGCGCAAUUGCACAAAUAACUAUGAAGUCGAACCUGCCCGUCGUUACAAUGAUGGUGUCUUCUGCUUUGCCAGUAACCCUGAUGGAUCAUUCAAACACCUUGGAGCCUGCUAUGAAGGAAUGUGCCAAGAAGAGCCUGGAGGUCCUAAUGGGGAGCUACCCAACCAGUGGGCUGAUGAAUAUCAUAUGUGUGCAAGUAAUACAAGUUUAAAUACACCAGUUAAAAAUUGCGCAUUCAUCUGCAAAAUGAAAAGGGAACAGCACUUACCUGAAGGAUAUUUUUUCGGCAUUUUUAAACAUCCUUCAAAAUGCGAGCUUGGAAAUGGCAAGGUUGGUGUCUGCGCAAGUGGGCAUUGUACCGACCCGGAACUUUACCCGAAAAUCGAUGACGGUGAACUAAAACCAUCAUCUAAAUAAAUGAACUCUGGCACCCAAUUGGGUUUGCUGGCACUAA